ACAGAAACCAUUCUUACACACACGCUUGCUUACCAACAGAACCAAAAGAGAAUUACACAAACACUAAUUAACACACUGAGUCUUAAGUUUCUCUGUUUAUCACAAAGAUGGUGAGAACCCCAUCUUGUGACAAAAGUGGAACGAGGAAAGGUACUUGGACUCCGGAGGAAGAUAGAAAGUUAAUUGCUUAUGUCACUAGAUAUGGCUCCUGGAAUUGGCGCCAACUUCCCAGGUUUGCUGGUCUGGCAAGAUGUGGCAAAAGUUGUAGACUGAGAUGGAUGAAUUAUCUAAGGCCAAAUGUCAAAAGAGGGAACUUCACUCAACAAGAAGAUGAAUGCAUCAUUAGAAUGCACAAAAAACUUGGUAACAAAUGGUCUGCUAUUGCAGCUGAGUUACCUGGAAGAACAGAUAAUGAAAUAAAAAACCAUUGGCACACCACACUCAAGAAGUGGUCUCAACAAAACGCAAUCACAAAUGAAGAAGCUAGAACCUCAAAAUCAAAAGAUAAGGUUCCCAACAAGGGUGUAACUGUUACUCUUCCAGCUAAUUCUUCUCUGAUGUCAGAUAAUUCAUCAUCAUCUCCAGUUUCAUCCACCUGCAGCGAGUUUUCAUCUAUAACAUCAGAUAAUUCCACUGCUGCCAGUAUGGAAAAUUUGGUGUUUGAAGAUGAUGACUUCGGUUUUCUGGAUUCAUACAAUGAAAGUUUCUGGACGGAACUAAAUCUUGAUGACAUUUCCUUUGAUGCCCCAUGUGAAAUGGAUUUAGGAGAUACUAAUGUCUCUUUUGAAAGUACAAGUUGUAGCAAUAGCAACACCCUUGAUUCUCUGCAUGGAUCAACCAGUGAAAGUAUUGUUGUGGAUAAUGACUUUGGCGGCUUUCUCGAUGCAUACACAAAGGCAGCCGUUGAUAACUUUUGGACACAACCAUAUGUGGCUGACAUGUCCCACGUUCCAAGCGAACUACUUGUUCCCUCUAUGGCAGAAUCUGAAUAUUUUACUCCAAUAUAUGAUGAUCUGUGGGGUUAAAGUCAAUUGUAUUAGCUCAUUCUAAUGAACAAAAUUACUCCCAUGUCUAUAGAUCAAUAAUUUUGAGAGUGUUAGAGUUGGUGAUUCCAAUUCUUGAUUCAACAUAGAUGGAUGAACCUUUAUAUUUUUGGGUUAUAGGGGUUUAUAUGUACUUAUAUAAUAGUAUUGUGGCAGUUGUUUUCCUAUAUUUCCCUUCUACCAAUUUUUGAUAUAGUGAAUUGCUUCUGCUUUA